AUGCUAGUGCACCGCUUGUGGCCGACGUCGUGCGCUCGCCGCUGCAACUCCUCACUGACAGUGACCGGAGAAAGCAUUGCGGCGCUCGACCGGUGGAUCUCGUCAACACUCAACCGGGGACUUACCUUGACGGACACACUGCGAGGAGAACAUCUGUCUGAUCUCUACGUUACACUGCCCACGCGCGACGCUGCCAAACUGAGGCAGCCAUAUCUGUGCAAGACAGGCCAAAGCCUGGGCUACGGACACCACCUUGUCUUCUUCCACCCCCGGAAUCCCGAGCGCGUUCUGCGGUGGGACGGUACGGAUGCCGACUUCUGUCCACCGGAGCCGUUCAGCCGGCGCAUGUGGGCGGGCGGCAAGAUGAAGUGGAACGAACCGCUGUCCGUUGGCGAGAAAGUGAUCGCAACGAGCACGAUUGCCUCCGUGGAAAAGAAAGGAUUUGAGAAAGGCACGCCGAUGGUGUUCGUCAAACAGAAACUCGAAUACCGGAGGAAGCAUGCACAGCAUGCCGCCAUCGAGGAGGAACGCUCGCACGUCUACCUCACUGCCCCGGGUAACAGGCGAGGAGUCAGGACGGUUGACGGCGUACCUGGGGACCCCGAUUACCGAUUCGAAUACCUACCGAGUGCCACCACUCUGUUUCGGUUCUCCGCUCUAACUUUCAAUGGGCAUUUCAUCCAUCUGGACCGUGAAUACGCCGCAACGGAGGGAUAUCCUGAGCGACUUGUACACGGGCCACUCACCGCGCUCAUGCUCCUCGACGUAUUCUCGAUGCAGUUCCCGGAUAGCAUGAUCAGCAGCUUCGAAUACCGAGCUGUAAACCCUUUGAUCGUCAAUCGCAAGGUUGCAAUAUGUGGCAAGAAACAUACAAGCAACAACACAGUGCAGGUGUGGGCGGAGGACGUUGAGACAAAGGCAAUAGGCAUGGUCGGCCAGAUCAACUUGCACAAUAGCGCCUGA